AGUAUUCUCCAUUUUGAUACGUAUAGUUUCCAGUUGUGUAAGAUGAGUGGUAGAUUAAAUCGGUUUUGAUUGUUAAGACUAGUUUAAAAGUGUAAGAAAUAUAUUAAAUCACCAAACGGAAAUAUAAUUCUGUAAUUCCCCGAAUUAUAACUCUAUAAAAGCCCAUUGUAUGUAAAAAUAUUGCGCAGUCUACUAAUAUCAGUUCGCCAUAUUGGGUGUGAAAAGAGUUCAGAUAAAUGUUAACGUAUCGUAGAAUAUAUAUUAUAAUUUAAAUUGUAACGCAUUUACAGUAUAAUAAUUUAUAGUCUUGAUAUUUGUAAUUAAUAAUGGGCAAAAAAAAAGGAAAGAAGCGAAGCUCAAAUCUUCCAUCUGCUGAUCCAUCUAGCCUUUCCCAACAGGAUCAAGUAACAACACAACAAGAACGAUCAUAUCAGCAGUCGUCACCACAUCAUAGUGGACAUGAGAAAGAUCAAGGAUCAAGACAGCCACAGCAGUCGAGUCAGCAAUUACAACGAUCUCGUCAACAUGUUGAAGGUCAACAUAUGGUGCCAUCUUCAUCACAAGUAUCACAAGCAACAUCAACUUCAUCAGCACCACAACAAACACAACCAAUAUCGUUUGCUUCGAUGUUAUCAAAGUCAUCAACUCCAUCACCAACUUCAUCAGUACCACAACAAUCACAAUCAUCGCACAAACCACAACAAUCACAAUCAUCGCAUAAAUCACAACCGUUGCCACAACAAUCACAACCGUUGCCGCAACAAUCACAACAGUUGCCACAGAAAUCACAACCGUUGCAACAAAAAUCACAACUGUUGCCACAAAAAUCACAACCGUCGUCACAAAAGCCACAACCGUUGACACAACAAUCACAAUCAUCGCACAAACCACAACAAUCACAAUCAUCGCAAAAAUCACAACCGUUGCCACAACAAUCACAAUCGUUGCCGCAACAAUCACAACAGUUGCCACAGAAAUCACAACCGUUGCAACAAAAAUCACAACUGUUGCCACAAAAAUCACAACCGUUGUCACAAAAAUCACAACCGUCGUCACAAAAGCCACAACCGUUGACACAACAAUCACAAUCAUGGGCACAAAAAUUGCAACCGUUGUCACAACAAUCACAACCGUUGCCACAACAAUCACAACCAUUGUCACAGAAACCACAACCAUUGCCACAACAAUCACAAUCAUGGGCAAAAAAAUCGCAACCGUUGCCACAAAAAUCACAACCGUUGCCACAACAAUCACAAUCACGGGAACAAAAAUCACAACCAUCCCCACAACAAUCACAAUCACAAGCACCAGUACCAUAUACUGCAAUACAAGAAAAGUUAACAAAGUCUGUAGCUGGUCAGUUGGCUCUUAGUAUACCUGUAAGAAGAAAUCCUAACGUAUGUGGAACACUUGGUCGACGUAUAAUGGUCGAAGUCAAUGUGAUGGGAUUGGAAUUAAAAAAUUUUAAAACAAAUGUUACUCAAUAUGAUGUAACUAUUACUCCUGAUAAGCCGAAGUUUUUAAGAAGAACUGUUUUUGAAGCAUUUAGAAAGAAAAAAUUUCCAACUCGUAACCCAGCGUAUGAUGGAAAUAAGAUUGCUUAUAGCGCGAAUGAUUUGCCAUUUCCUACAUAUAUAAAUGAUAUAGUUACGAUUCUUGAUAAUAAUCAAGAAAGAGAAUUUCAAGUUGAAAUGAAAAAAACUACUUCUAUAGAUCUUUCAUUUCUAAAGGAUAUAAGACCUGGUUUUAAUGAGACAUUAGCAGUUCAGUCUGGAAUGCAAGCUCUUGAAGUCAUCUUGCGCCAUGGACCUCUGUCAUAUUAUAUUCCGGUUGGUAGAUCAAUAUUUUGGCCACCAGUAAAUAAGCCAGAAAAUUUGACAAAUGGUAUGGAAUUGUGGGUAGGUUCAUUCCAAUCUGCUGUAUUAGGAUGGAAACCUUUAUUUAAUAUAGAUGUUGCACAUAAGGGUUUUCCCAAAUCUCAAAAUGUUAUUGAACUACUGAGAGAAAUGUGUUUACGUGGAGAGAACAGAGAUAUUACUUCAGACGAUGUAUAUCAGUAUGUAGAUAAAAUAAAAAAACAUUUAGUUGGAUUAAAAGUUCAUUAUGUGAUACCAAAUAUACCAUCAUCCAAACGAACACAAAUAGUGCGUGGUUUCGUUGAUUGUCCAAGGAAAAAUGUAUUUUCACGUGCUGAUGGAACAUCGUGUACUAUUGAGAAGUAUUUUAGAAAUGAAAAAAAUUAUGUAAUACGUUAUCCUUAUUUGCCUUGUUUAUGGAUAGGGCCAGAAAAUAAGAAAAUAUAUGUACCUCCAGAACUUUGUACAAUAGUAGCUGGACAAACAGUUCGAAAAAAAAUGGAUGAAAUGCAAACUUCUAAAAUGAUAAGAUUCGCAGCAACAUCUACUGACAAACGUAAAGAAAAGAUAAUGGAAGGUUUUCGAGCUUUAAGAAUAAAUGAUCAUCCAACUAUGAGAAAUGAAUUCAAUUUCUCUAUAAAACCAGAAUUUGAAAGGGUACCAGCUAGAGUAUUAGAUGCUCCUAAAUUGAAUUAUAAUAAUAAUAAUAUUGUGUCUGUAACGAAGGGUGUUUGGAGGCCGAAAAAAUUUCUAAAUCCAAGUACUUUAUUUGAUAAUCAAUGGACUAUUGUAAAUUUAGUUGAUAAAAUAAUAAGAGACAGGGAACUGUACAACUUAUGCAAUAUGCUGCAAGAGGGCGCAAAAACGGUUGGUAUGGUUAUGGGCGAUGCUUUAAAACCGUUUCAGUCUUGCUAUAAUAACGUGUCUACAUUGUUACAUUGUUUUGGAAAAUUGAAAGAUAAUGGGGUAAAACUUAUUAUAGUUAUUAUUCCAGACUUUAAUGACUCAUAUAGUACAGUGAAGCAGGUCACUGAAUUACGAUUAGGUGUACUUACACAGUGUAUUAAAUCUAUAACUGUUCAAAGAAAAUUGAAUCCAGCAACGAUAGGAAAUAUCCUUUUGAAAAUAAAUUCUAAACUUAAUGGCGUAAAUCAUGAAAUUUCUGGUCAAGUUAGACCUAGUAUUUUAACACCAGAUUGUAUUUUGAUUGGCGCUGAUGUAACGCAUCCUUCACCAGAUUCUAAAGAUAUACCUUCUAUAGCUGCAGUUGCUGCAAGUUGUGACAGAACUGCAUUUAGAUAUAAAAUCGAAAUUAGACUUCAACAACCGAGACAAGAAAUUAUUAAUGAUUUUGCGGAGAUUGUUAGCAAAUUGUUGAAGUAUUAUCAUAAAACCAUGGGAAUCUACCCAAGGAAAAUUAUUGUUUAUCGCGAUGGCGUAAGUGAAGGACAAUUAACUCAGGUGUUACACUUUGAAUUAUUAGCCCUUCGAAAAGGAUUUGACUCAGUUUCUACGGACUAUAAUCCCCUAAUCACUUUUCUUGUAGUGCAAAAAAGACAUCAUAUACGAUUUUUCCCUACAGAUAGUAGAAAUUCAGAUGAUAGAAAUUUUAAUGUACAAGCUGGUACCAUAGUAGACACACACAUAACACAUCCUAGUCAUAUUGAUUUUUACCUUGUAUCGCAUGCAAGCAUUCAGGGUACUGCGCGACCUACCAAGUAUAAAUGCGUAUUUAAUGAAUUAAAUAUGACAGAGGAUCAAAUCGAAGAACUUACAUAUUAUUUGUGUCAUAUGUUUGCACGAUGCACAAGAUCAAUUAGUUAUCCAGCACCGACAUAUUAUGCCCAUUUAGCAGCAUUUCGAGCUAGAGCAUUUAUACAAAAUGUUCCAAUUAAAUUACACGAGUUAUCAAAAGAACAAGAAAAAGUAAGGGUUGUAUUAAAUGAAGAUGUUCCGAUGUUUUACGUUUAAAGAUUACAUCGAUAUAUACGUAUAUGUAGAGAGAAAGGAGAAAGCAGAGAAAGAGAAAAAGAAAGAAAAAAAAAGUUUAAUUAAUAGCUCUAAUAAUAGAUUUUUAUGUCACAGAACUUUUAUUCCUGAUACUUUAUUCUUUAAUCCUGUAUUGAAAAAUUAAUUAAGACUAGAAUAUAUUGCAAAAUAAUAAGGGAAAACGAUAAGGGAA